GAGGAAUUCUUCGACGUUCACGACGCGGAAUGAAAAACAUGAUCGCGUCAUUUUCAUCAUCACUGUUUUCACUACUAGAAGACGAUAAAAAGUUAUCUAGCAAGAUUAGAUCUUCCAUUUCGUGAUUAAAAUUAGGUUACAACUGCAAACAGUAUAAACAGAAUCAGCUGACGCGGAACGAUUUCACAGUAACAGCACAGCACCGGAAUUUCGAACGCGGACCGGACUGCUGUACCGCUGCUGGCGUUCCCUCUGGAACACACCCUUCUAUCGUCCACCACAAAACAUGUGAUCGACAAAGAUCCACACCGACAAGUCAUGUCUUCCAUAACCACAAAGUUAUAUUCCACAUAUAAGCUAGAGGAUACGGCCCCUGUUAAAUACACAGCAUAUUCAUAUAUCGCUUGAAGUCGAUGACUUAUUAAGAUAUUGUGUACUGAGCGAUAGAUUACAUUAUUUAGAGUAUUUUGAUUUAUAUUUAGUUCUAAUGGUUAAUGUUAUUUUUGUCACUAAUAUAGUACAAUGACAAAAGUUUUAAAAUAAAAAUAUGUGUAAUAUAUUUUUUUUACUGAUUUAUGUUUACAGUUGAUCACUUAAGCAAGAUUAAUAAGAUAUAAAAAAAAUAGAACUAUUUAAAAGUUACAAAUAGUAAUUGGUCAUUUAUUAAAAAUUGAUAAGAUGAAUUUUGACAAUAAGAACAAUCAUAUAUUUACUGGAGCAUCAAGUUCUGGUUUAAAAUUGCAAUUAAUGGAACAAAAAUCAUACAAAAAAAAAAUUAGCCUUAAUGUUCCUGAAAAAAUUGUUUUUGUAAUUGAUACAGUAAGAGAAUUUUCAAGCCCCGAAUUCAAAUUGAGCACAGGUCAAAAAUAUAAGAUUCUUUACAUUUUAAAAAGAGCUGUAGAAAUUUUUUUGCAUAAUAAAUUAAUGCUGAACCAAAAACAUGAAUUUGCAUUGGUCUAUAUAGAUUCAAAUAAAGCCGAAUGGCUUUGUGGUUUUACAGGCAAUCUUAAACUUUUGUUAAAUAAAUUAGAAUCCAUUGAAGAAUGUAUACCAGAUAAUAAUAAAAGCUAUUUUGAUUUACAACAAAUUUUCAAUUUAAUUUAUCAGAAAGUGAUCCAUGAAAAAUCUGUUUUAGAAGAUAAUGUUGUACGAAUAAUUUUAUUGUAUUGUAGAUCUAAUAUUAUUCCCAGAUUUAAUACAACCAAUGUAAUUAUGCAAGAAAUAAUUAGUAAUCCGAAUUUCUUUUUGGACAUAUUAUAUGUUCAUGAAAUACCAAGUUUAGAUAAUAAGUGUGAAGAAAUUUAUUCUGAGUUAAAUAAAUUGGAUAUAAAAAGUGUUUCUUAUAUUAUGGAAUUAUCAAGAAAUGUCGCUAAGUUGCACAAUUAUAUGGCGAGAUUACUUGCACAUCCAGCUCAACGUGUUAGUCAAAACCAUAUUGAAUAUUCAAUCCAUCCUACAAUCUUAAGCAUAAUUGAUGAAUAUAAAUUGCAUACCUAAUGCAUGAAAUUGUUUAAAAAAAAAUUGUUUAUUGUAUUUUUUUAAUGGUAGAAUGCUAAUAAAUAUUGAAUCGAUAUUAAUGUA